AUGGCUAUGGGUCCAGAAAGAUCCAAACCUCUCCACAACUUCCCUAUGCCCUGUCUCAAAUGGGGCAACCAGAGAUUCCUCAGGUGCGUUAAAGUUGCCGCCACCGAUGAUCCUAGCGACAUCUCCGCCGUUCGCCGGAAGCUCAUGCUCGAUCUUAGAGUCGCCGCCGACAACCUCAAAGUUUCCAUGUUCCAAGAACCCAAUUCCAAAAACUGGAAUUUGCGAACCAGAAGAGCCGCCUGCAAGGCACCGCAUCACACUAACCGACUCAAUUCACUCACUCAAGAGAUGAUGAAGAAGAAGAAGAAGAUGAAGAUUGAAGAAAAAACCAAGUUUUCCAUUUCACUCUCGAAGGAGGAGGUGGAACACGAUUUCUGGGCCUUGCUCGGAACCAGACCUCCCAGGAGGCCGAAGAAGAGGCCCAAAACUGUCCAGAAGAAUUUGGAUACACUUUUUCCUGGUUUGUGGCUCUCCGAGGUUACUGCAGAAUCUUACGAAGUGCCUGAAGUUCCUGAAUGA